AUGACGUUAGAGUUCCAAGUUGGGGACUAUAUAUUGUUGAAAGUAUCGCCAAUAAAGGGAGUUCAACAAUUUGGUAGACGGGGAAAGCUUUCCCCGGGAUAUAUUGACCCAUUCAGAAUAGUUGAGCGCAUUGGAGUCGUUUCAUAUCGGCUAGAUAUUCUAGCAUCAAUGUCGAGCAUACACAGUGUCUUCCAUGUUUCGAUGCUCAAGAAGCAUUUAAGUGAUAAGGAGCAACAACGAGUGUUGGACGCUCCGGAGAUAGAGCUUCAGGAUAAUUUGAUCACUAUUGAGAUUCCAGUUUGUAUUAUUGCUAGAGAGGACAAAAGACUUAGAAAUAAAGUGAUACAUUUAGUCAAAGUUUAA